AUGUCACUUUCAGCUCCAUCAUUGCUAUUAAUUGAAGGACCAAAAUUCCCCUCUUUCAACUUUCAAUUUACAGAAACGCCCACAUGUUCAACAUCCGAUUCGGAAAGUUUCACAUCCGUGACUGACGUUGAGGAUGGUAACGUCGAAAUAAAAGACCACGCUGUCUGUACGGCAGCUAGCGUAUGGGAUGCGGGCUCGGGUAAAUCAAUCCCAUCGUUGGCAACAGCAAUUUUGGGCGCAAAAAAAGUUACGACGACGGACGUGCCAGACAUAAUUCCUCGGAUAAAAAGGAUAGUCAAAUUAAAUGGGUUAGAGGGUAGUAUCGAUGUUAAACCUCUGGACUGGUUGAAUCGAGAAAUUUUUUUGAAAUCCUUAACCAACGAAAACGAUCCGUGGGAUUUCAUUAUCGGAGCAGAUAUUGUCUGGGUGGAUUAUUUGAUUCAACCGUUGAUCAAGACAAUAGACGCUCUGUCAACUCCUUUGCACACCAAGCUUUUACUUUCACAUCAAACGCGUACAACAAAAUCGGAUAAAAUGUUCUUUGAAGGAUUGGAGAAAUUAAAUUGGAAGGUGGAAAAGAUCGCUCGCGAUGAAUUAAACUGGGAGGAAGGAUUCGUAAAAGAUGGGGUUGAGAUUUAUCGUGGAUAUAAGGGGCCAGCAGAAUAUGAUUUGUGA